GAUCCUACUCUAGAACCACAACCAAACAAGGAACAUGUAAGAGGUCUUAUAUCAAGAGUCCUCGGUCUAUCCUACAUGGCUAUAUAUACAGUUCCUAUGGCAUCCCUCUACUAGCAGAUAACCAAAACUAAUGGGCCGACAUUGGUGCCUUCGACCCACGGCCGCAUGGGCGGCGACGGACGUCGGCUGGAGCUGAAACGGAAUAGAAAAGAAAACAGGAAGGAGAAGCGGUUCUAAGCAGCCACGACCUCUGAUCUCGAUGCUAAGCCUCAAGUCACCCACGAUCUUGCCGGAAGGGACAGCAGCAAAAGCAGUUAAGCGAUGGCUGCUUGACGGUUAGGUGCAACAACAAAGAGGUACGACGGCUACACAACUGACAGAUGAGGAGGAACAAGGGCGGCGGCUGGAAAUAAUCUUUAGGGUUAGGGUUUUCCGGGUAAGUAUGCAACGAGAGGAAAGGGAGGGGUGACGGGUCUUAACCCGUCUCCAACUUUAACUUAUGACGAUUUUUCACUUUCGAACCUUCCCCUUCUAAUCCUUUUCAAAUCAGAUCCACAAUUUACCAAACAGACCUGGAUUCAUGAAUUUCUUUACAUUUGAAGUCCUAAUGUUACAACAUAGAUCUCAAAACUGGAAAUUAUAUAAUUUAACUCCUUAUGGAUAACACUGAUAAAUUAUUACGGGUUUAGGGCUAAAACAAAAUAAAAUAUAAAAUACAUCUCACGGUCUUAGAGCUUAUUAUUUAUUUAUUUUAUUAUUUAUUUUUUUACUUGUUUUAUUUUAAACAGAAUGUUACAUCUGCGUCUACAAUUUUCAGUUUGGAUGAGGCGUUUUGAUGACUACAUCAUUCAAAGAGUGUAAACACAUUGAUUGAAUGAAAACAUUAGAAUCAUUAUAUAUACACUUAAUUGUGGGGAGCCUUACCUACAGUACCUUUUUGCCUUUUCAUACUUUGGCCACCAAACUUUUCUAUUUUUGGACUUUUGACACUUUGCUUUUUUUUUUCGUCUGUGACCUUAGUUUCUUCCUGGCUCCCUCGAACCGACUUCCCCUUUUGAUUUUAGCGGUUCCACCGCCUUGCUGACCACCGUCUUUAUCGUCCAAUGAAAUCAAGCGGUUUUGUAAAACGUAUCGUCAAGAACAUCGCCCCUCCGUCUCAUCUUCUUUUGUGCAUAUGGCUGGAGUGUUGCUGUUGAUCGGCUUUCAAUCCUUUUACCGGCUAAUCUUUUAUGGGGUGCUGCAAUUUUUGAGGUUAUUGGAAUUGUUGGGUGGAACCGCCUGGAAAAUUGGGAAUCUUUGGUGGAAUCAUGACCAUGUUGCGCACAUGUUUUCUUCCUGUUGUGUUCGGGUUCUUCAACCUCCAUCUUCUUUCCACCUCCUCGCGACAGAUUAUGGUUGCGCACCCUCCUAAGAUGCUACGACGCCAAUAGGUUGACCGGUGGGUAUGCUGGGUAUUUUCCACCGACCGCCACUACCUAUGUUGAUGUCUCCUCCACUGCCUCACUCUGCCUACUCUUCUUCUCACCGCUUUGUUCUUAUUUUCUUCCACCGACUCAGGUUCCAUCUCUCCUCGAUUACAAGUCAUCCACAUCUUCUUUUGCUUGCUUAUGCUUGAAAUCAUAACCAAAAGGCUUCAGGAGCUUCAGGUUCUUCUGUUUAUUGACGUACUCAAGAACUGGCCUAAGAGGAGUACUCAAACUUAUUGUGGUGACAGAUGGUGAACGUAUCUUGGGACUUGGAGAUCUUGUGUGUCAGAGUAUCAACCCAUGUUUUAGCGACGUUAAUUAGCUAUCUGCCAAUUACUUUUCUCCACAACUUGGAUUACGCGUAUCAGGCAGACAUGCACGUAGCCUCCAGUUAUGGCAUGUACCAUAUGAUAGAAAAAGAUUUUCCCUUAAGACCAUGAAUUCGGAACUUUACAAAAGACAUUUUGUAAUUUCGACAAAACAUUUUCAUUCAAGUGCAUGCCACAAUUCACCAAUGUUCACAUACAAUCAGCCCAAAAUAAGCCAUAUGAGAAUCCAUUCAGCAUCUGCAGAGUCUCUAAGUCAUGAACAAAUCGAGCAAAAUUCUGAACACGAGUUUGAAGUUAGUUCAUAUAAUCCUGAGAAAUCACAACAAAAACCAAAAUAUGAAAACAGAUUCCUUAUUUUUGCACGCGUAGGUUCGGUCAUCAAUAAUGCUGCUGAAUCAUUUUUCAAGAGUGAGAUAAGGAGAUUAUUUGUUACUGCUGCAUUACUUGUAAUUAGUCGUGUAGGAUAUUUUAUUCCUCUUCCUGGUUUUGAUAGAAGAUUGGUACCAGAGAAUUACCUUAGUUUUGUCUCGGUUCAGUUGAGGAGCUUGGUGAGCUGGCACCAGAACUUAAGCUUUCCCUAUUCCAACUUGGAAUCAAUCCCCAAAUUGCAGCAUCUAUUGUUAUGCAGGUACUUUGAUAUGGUUAUAUAUGGUGGAUGUCGUUUGGGUUUGCAAUUGUAGAGGCAUUGAUAAUUUCUUAUUUUUCACUUUCAUAUUUGAUUUAUGCAGCAAAUGCGAGUCAAAGCACAUCAUGUUGACAACAAUUUGUUGGUCUCUGGUGCAAUGACUACAACUUGGAUCUGUGACAAAAUAUCAGACUCUGAUAUGUGAAGGCAGGGUUGUCUAAAUUUUACCAUUGGUGUUACAAAAGCAACUGAAGAGGGUGGCUGAAAGCCUUCUUUGGUUUAUGUGUUACUUUGAUAUGGAUGAAGUUUGACUUGAUUGAAUGAU